AUGUACAAUGGUACGGAUGCUUUCGGUGUACGCUCACAACCCUCUGCGAAUCCUGCCACUGAAUCUUCAACUUCUGAUCACGCAGAGAAUUUCUCAUACAAAGGAACGGCGGGCAAUAAACGCUCCGGUAGCGAGUCGGCAGAUGUUUCUUCAAGUCAUGAACCGGACGUCGAUCCGGAAUUGGCGCGUUAUCUGAAUCGUGAUUAUUGGCAGCGGCGUAAAAAUGAACAAAAAAAUGCGGUUAGUCGUCGCUUUUCCCAGCGAAAUUGUAGAUUUCUCAUAGUUCGUUGA